GUCAGUCCGCGCGUGUAAGUUCUGACGAGCGCAGUGUUCUUGUUACGUGCUAUAAUAAAACUGAUUUCUAUUAAAUAACAAUACAUGACAAAUUUAUAGUUCAAAAUUAAAAUUAAUAUCAAACAAUUAUUUAAAAUAUUACUAAUACAGAAACUGUCUCUUUAUCAUAUGUGUUGAUAUUGUAAUAGUCAGCAUGUGGGCGUGCGAUCCAGUGCUGACAACAGGGAUUGUCAACAGUUACCAAGCAGCAGGACCGCUGUUCGUGCAGUCAUUGCAGACCUUUUUGGCCGCACAAUGCGCCCUCGCUGGAGACCAUUUGUGGCCACCAGAUGCAACGCAAGCUGUUACUGAUGAUCCAAACUACGACUUCAUAGUUGUGGGAGCAGGGUCCGCGGGCGCAGUGGUCGCUAAUAGACUGUCCGAGGUACCAUCAUGGAAGGUUCUACUUGUAGAGGCUGGCGGCAAUCCAACUGUAUCCACAGAGAUACCACAACUAUUCUACAAUAGUAUGAACACUGAAGUAGAUUGGGGCUACAAACCUGAACCAUCAGAAACAGCUUGCAAAGGAUAUAAACAACAUCGUUGUGCCUGGCCUCGCGGGAAAGUACUUGGAGGCAGUAGCAGUAUCAAUGCUAUGUUCUAUGUCAGAGGAAACAAAGCAGACUACGAUGAAUGGGCAGCUAUGGGGAAUACAGGUUGGAGUUACGAAGAAGUAUUAGAGUAUUUUAAGAAAAGUGAAAAUUUUUCAGAACCAUUAACGAAAGAAAAUAAAAAGUACCAUAGUAAAGAAGGCUACCUUAAUGUACAAAAAAUCGAGGCAGCUCAUCCUUUCGAGGAUGUAAUCAUAAAAGCAGCUACAGAAGUAGGAAUAAAACAUUUAAAUGAUAUAAACGGUGCUAAUCAAAUGGGAAUUACUAGAUCAUAUUCUACUAUUAAAGAAGGAAAAAGACAUAGUACGGCAAGAGCAUUUUUAAGCCCAAUAAAGGACAGACCAAAUUUGCAUGUAAUUAAAAAUGGCUUCGUAUCUAAAAUUCUGUUUCAUCCAAAAUCAAACAAGGUCAGUGGCAUUUUAAUCCAAAAAGAUGGUAAAGAAAUAGUAGUUCACGCAAAAAAAGAGGUUGUAAUAUCUGCUGGAAGUAUAAACACUCCUCAUUUGCUCCUUCUCUCUGGUAUAGGGCCUAAAGAGCACUUGGAAAGUUUCAACAUUGAAGUAAAAGCAGAUUUACCAGUUGGUGAAAAUUUACAAGACCAUGUAUUCUUCCCUACUUACUUCAGUACACCAACGGAACAUAAGUUCAAUACUCUGCCCGCCAUAACUACAGCUUUCUCUGAAUAUAUCUUAACUAAUGAAGGCAUUUACUCUGAUGUAAAUCCUCACAGAAUUAUUGCUUUUGUUAACUCAAGUGACCCAAACGCUGUCAGCCCAGAGGUACAAUGUCAUUACCUUGUACUACCACCUAAGAUAGCUAAUUUAAUAGAUAUUUUGGGUCUGCAUAAUUUAAGCGAAGAAGUAAAGAACAAAUUUGAAGAAAUAAAUGAAAACAAUUCAGUUAUAGUCGUUUACGAUGUUUUACUAAAGCCCAAAUCAAAAGGGAAGAUUAUGCUUAAAAGUACAGAUCCAAGGGAAUAUCCAUUAAUAUAUGCUGAUUAUUUUAAAGAUCCUGACGACCUAAAUGUAUUAAUAAGAAAUGCAAAGAAAUAUAUUCUUACGUUGGAGAAUACGGAAACUUUCAAACAAUUUGGCCUAAAACUAAAUUGGUUAGAUAUAGAAGCAUGUAGGGGAUUAGAUAAAGGUUCGGAUGAAUUUUUAGCUUGUAUUGCAAAGGAGAUGACCUUCUCAUUGUACCAUCCAGUGGGGACCGCUAAAAUGGGUCCUGACGGUGAUAAAACAGCAGUCGUUGAUCCAGAGUUAAGGGUCCGUAAAAUUGAGGGCUUAAGAGUUAUUGACGCGAGUGUCAUGCCAUCUAUCGUCAGAGGUAAUACAAACGCACCAACAAUUAUGAUAGCAGAGAAAGGCGCAGAUUACUUGAAAAAGUUUUGGUUAAAAGAGCAUUCGGAAUUAUAAUUAAGAAAAAAUAAAUGUUU